CAUUCCAUAUUCAAAAAUGUCUCUUCUUUCUUUCUCGAACAUCGCUGGCCCGUCCAGAUUACCACUCCAGGUCACUGUUACAGCAUGUCGUAGAGCUGUUGCUGCUCGCUUCUAUGCAACGGAAGCUCAGGAGCCUCAAGAACCGCUCGCGGCAGAGCAGUCUGAGCAGUCCGCCCCUGUUGAUGAGCUUUCUGCGCUCACUCUUGACCCUUCAACACCGGCGACCAGGUCGGGCUUGGAAAAGAGGGAAGGCAGGAUCUUCUACAGAGAUUGGUUGAGAUAUGAGGGGGAGCAGUUCAGAGUCCCGCAAAAGGGCCAGAAGGCCAAGUGGCUCGGAGGCAAUGUUCCUUACCCCAGCAACCCUUCUUUCAGACCUCCUCCACCACUCUCCAAUCAUAUCCAAGAUCAAGUCUUCGCCGAUCUUCAGCGAGGACAGUCUGUCGCCGAACUCUCUGUCAAGUACAACAUCAGCAAAGCUCGAGUGGAAGCAAUCCAGAAACUGAAGGAGAUUGAGACUGAAUAUAAACGAAGAUCUCUUCCUCUACAAACAGCUUUCUUGGAAGGCAUGGAACCUCUUUUGGGCGUCCGUACACCCAUCAGCCCUCGAACAAGGCAACACGAUCCUGCCCUCGCUCGAGAACUUGAUCUGGCCCACGAGGCUCAUCCCUCCACCGCGGCAGAACGUCUGGAGGAGCAGCGAUUUGAUGCCGGAAUCGGCGAAGAGGGUGCGUUCGGUCAACGUACUCGCGAAUCGACCAAGCCUAGUAUCGAGAGGACGGUGUGGGAGUUCAUGGAUGAGGAAAGUGCGUUGUUAGAAAAGGAGACUCAGGGACAGAAGACACGAGAGAAGAGGCAAAGGAGAAAGGAGAGGGAGGCUAGAACAUGAGAUGCUGAGCAAACAUAGUCACUGCAUGAAGCAUGAAUUUAUGAAUUG